AUGAACAAAUACACCAUCGUCUGCGCUCUUCUGGCUUCCACAAACUCCAUUCUGUUGGGUUAUGAUAUUGGAGUGAUGAGCGGGGCAGUGCUUUACAUCAAAGAGAACCUCAAGAUCACAUCAACCCAAGUGGAAAUCUUGGUAGGAACCCUAAACAUGUUCUCUUUAUUUGGAUCGCUAGCAUCCGGGAAAACAUCUGAUUAUAUAGGUAGGCGUUACACUAUAGUCUUAGCCGCAUGCACAUUUCUAAUAGGUGCACUCCUCAUGGGCCUAGCCACAUCCUACCUAUUCCUCUUGGCCGGACGUGCCGUGGCUGGCAUUGGCGUCGGCUACGCCCUCAUGAUCGCCCCAGUCUACACCGCAGAGCUCUCGCCCGCCAUGAGCCGGGGCUUCCUCACUUCUCUCCCUGAGGUGUUCAUCACAUUUGGCCUGUUAGUUGGUUACAUAGUUAAUUAUGCUUUGUCUGGCCUGCCACCAAACAUAAAUUGGAGAUUAAUGCUAGGGUUAGCCGCGGUGCCAGCUGUCGGUAUAGGGUUGGGGAUCAUAGCCAUGCCUGAGUCCCCUCGUUGGCUUGUGAUGAAAGGCAAAUUAAGUGAAGCAAAACAGGUGUUGAUCAGAACAUCUGCUUCUGAAGAGGAAGCUCAAUUGAGGCUCGAGGAGAUUAGCAAGGCUGCUUUAGCUUUACCCCCUAGCACAAGCCUAUUAACAGCCCACGAAGAUGGACGAGGGGCAUGGAAGGAGCUUUUGGUACAUCCUUCUAAGCCCAUUCGUCGGAUGCUCAUUGCUGCCAUUGGGAUCAACUUCUUCAUGCAAGCUUCUGGAAACGACGCCGUCGUGUACUACUGUCCGGAAGUGUUCAAGGCUGCCGGAAUUCAUAGCAGAAAGCAGCUUUUCGGUGUCAAUGUGAUAAUGGGCCUUGCCAAGACGUCCUUUGUGUUCCUCUCUGCCAGCCACUUGGACCGUUUUGGGAGGCGGCCCCUUUUGCUACUGGGCUGUGCCGGGAUGGUGAUUUCGUUAGCUGGGCUGGGCCUUGGGUCAAAGUUUCUCAAGCAUUCGAGUACCAAGCCAACGUGGGCCAUUGCGUUGUGUAUCUUGGCUGUUUGCGCCGAUGUCUCGUUCUUUUCAAUUGGGUUGGGCCCAAUAACUUGGGUCUACUCAUCGGAGAUCUUUCCGAUGAGAUUACGGGCCCAAGGUUCGAGUCUGGCCAUAUCAGUGAACCGGUUGAUGAGCGGGGUGGUGUCAAUGACGUUUCUAACCAUUUCUAAUAAGAUAACAUUUGGUGGAAUGUUUUUUGUGCUUGCGGGAAUCAUGGUGGUUGGUACGGUCUUCUUUUACUUCUUUUUGCCUGAGACAAAAGGCAAGACCUUAGAAGAGAUGGGGGCUCUUUUUGAAGAUAGAGAUACAAGCAUUGCCAAUAGGGUAAGGGAACUGAGAGAAAUGUAG